UUUUUUUUUUUUUGUAACGAGAGAAAGAGAGAUUUUGGAUAAAGAUCAAAGCCACCAAACCAAUGCAUAGCGAGAAAUCUGUGGCCUUGUGAGAAGAGAGAUUCCUGUGUUGCUUUCCUACAUUCAAGGAAAGAAAUAUUUUCAAAGGAUGUGUUAGACUUUGGUGCUCCCAGCCGUCUAAUUCCCAAACCCACACAAAUCUAUGCUUCCAUCUGCCUCCCAUUCAAACCCUCCAGCAACUCCUCUUCUCCGAUGAUGGCUUCUUCCCAGCUCCUCUCCCACCAUCUCUACCCCUCUCACCACAAUGGAUUUAAGCCCCAAAAGCUCUCCAAGAGCGGGCCAUGUUACUUCCACCCAAAGACCGCCUUUAAGGGGAGCCCAAAUCAUAGAAUCAAGGCUUCCGGGUCAACAUCUGGACGGAAGCAAGUGGAGAUAGUAUAUGAUCCAGAUGAGAGGAUAAACAAAUUGGCAGAUGAGGUGGAUAAGAACGCCGGCCUCUCGAGGCUCUCUCUCUUUUCGCCUUGUAAGGUUAAUGUGUUUUUGAGGAUAACUGGUAAGAGGGAAGACGGGUUUCAUGAGUUGGCAUCUUUAUUUCAUGUAAUAAGUUUGGGAGAUACAAUUAAAUUCUCCCUGUCUCCGACUAAGGCUAGAGAUCGGCUAUCAACUAAUGUACCUGGUGUCCCGCUUGAUGACAGGAAUUUGAUCAUCAAAGCACUUAACCUUUAUAGAAAGAAAACAGGCACUGAUAACUUCUUCUGGAUUCAUCUUGAUAAAAAAGUUCCUACUGGUGCUGGUCUUGGUGGUGGAAGCAGUAAUGCUGCAACUGCUUUGUGGGCUGCUAACCAGUUUAGCGGUUGCCUUGCUUCUGAAAAGGAGCUUCAAGAAUGGGCUGGUGAGAUUGGCUCAGAUGUUCCCUUCUUUUUCUCAAAUGGAGCAGCAUUUUGUACUGGUAGGGGUGAGGUUGUUCAAGAUAUUCCAAAUCCGUUGCCCUCAGACUUGCCUAUGGUUCUUAUAAAGCCACAAGAAGCAUGCUCAACUGCUGAAGUUUACAGGCGACUACGGCUAGAUCAAACUAGUUCGGUUGACCCGUUGAUUUUGCUUAGGGAAAUCACCCAGAAUGGGAUAUCUCAAGAUGUUUGUAUAAAUGAUCUAGAGCCUCCUGCUUUUGAAGUCCUUCCAUCUCUCAAAAAGUUGAAAAAACGAGUGCUUGCAGCCGGCCGUGGAGAGUAUAAUGCUGUUUUCAUGUCAGGAAGUGGAAGCACCAUUGUUGGUGUUGGUUCACCAGAGCCUCCAUCUUUUGUCUAUGAUGAUGAUGAUUAUAAGGAUGUAUUUAUAUCAGAGGCUUGCUUUGUCACCCGUCGAGAGAACCAGUGGUAUACCGCAUCCAGUUCCUUAACAUCUUCUAGCAGAGAUGUAUCGUCUGAAGUAGCAUCAUCUGUUGAGUAGUUCUUCUUCUGCACUUAUUUUCCGUACCCACUUUGUUGAUGUAAUUUUCCAGGAAUUUUGCAACCAUAUCUGCUCGAGAUAGUUGCCGAGAAACUUGAGAAAGGGUUAUGAUAGGAUCUCUUUGGGCUUCAUUUCAUACUCUGGUAUCUUGAAAUUUUGAUACUUGCUCCAUGUAUAUGAUAAUGGUUUGUCAUCAAGGUGCAGCAGUCUUGGCUUCUAAGGUAGGCCACUGCAACAACAAUGCAGCUCUGGUACUGAACUCUCCCUCACUGCUGGUGCUUCAUCUCAUACAGAUUUGAGGUUUACUUUAGAUAUUCAAUAUUGGUUACAGUAAGUGUAAGGGGGAGAACAUUGAUCAGAUGUAUUCAUGUUGUUUUGACAAGGGAAUUAUAUAUAAAUUGAACAUCACAAUUCAAGUUUCAUAC